AUUUUAAAACAAUUUUAUUAGUUUCCAUAGUUGCUAAACUAUUUAGUAAACUAACGUAUCAAGGGUAAGAGACUUGAUUUCAAUGAAAAUUCACCGGGAAGUUGAGUUUUAAACCCUGAGUUCCACAAACGAAAACCAAUAAGCCUCAGUCUCUUCUUCUUCUUCUUCCUCUUCUCCCUCUGAAAAAAAUUCCACGACAACCAAAGAAAUAACAAAAACACAAACAAGAGAUCAAAGCAGAAACCACAUGAAGCAAGAGAUCAACCGCGAACCCAGUUGGUGAACCCACGAACCAGGCGGCGAAACCCACGAACCUGUGUAAUCCUCAGGCGAAGGUCGUUUUCCCUCUGUUUCACUCUUUUUUUAUUUGUGCAGAGCACACACAACACACACUGUGGGUCUCUGUCGAAUCAAAUGGAAAGCGAAGGCAGCAACAUCAGCAACGACAACAAGGAAAACAAGCAGUGGAGAGCAGAAGAAGCGAUAGCAGGAAACGCUGAAGCCCUUCAGGCACUCAGAGAGCUCAUCACUUUUCCUCUCUAUUACUCUUCACAAGCUAAAAAACUCGGUCUCAAAUGGCCCAAAGGUUUGCUUCUCUAUGGUCCACCAGGCACUGGAAAGACAAGUUUGGUACGGGCAGUUGUUCAAGAAUGUGGUGCACAUUUAAUCAUUAUCAGUCCACACUCUGUUCAUAGAGCACAUGCUGGAGAAAGUGAGAAAGUUUUGCGGGAGGCAUUUUCAGAGGCAUCAUCCCAUGCAAUGUUGGGCAAGCCAUCAGUUAUCUUUAUCGAUGAAAUCGAUGCACUCUGUCCUCGUCGUGAUUUUAGAAGGGAGCAAGAUGUUCGUGUAGCCUCUCAACUCUUUACACUAAUGGACUCCAGUAAAGCUUCCUCAAAUUCUGCACCACAAGUUGUCGUAGUUGCCUCCACUAACAGAGUGGAUGCAAUUGAUCCUGCACUAAGAAGAUCAGGGCGCUUUGAUGCUGAAGUUGAAGUUACUACACCUACUGAGGAGGAACGCCUUCAAAUUCUCAAGCUCUACACAAAGAAGGUUCCUUUAGAUCCCAAUGUUGACUUAAGGACCUUAGCUGCAUCUUGCAAUGGCUAUGUUGGGGCUGACUUGGAAGCUUUAUGUCGUGAGGCUACCAUAUUUGCGGUCAAAAGGUCUUCUGAUGCAAAUGAAGAUGCCAGUGUGCUCAGCUUAACAAUUGAAGACUGGGAACAUGCAAAAACCAUAGUUGGGCCCAGCAUAACAAGAGGUGUUACUGUGGAAAUCCCAAAGGUGACUUGGGAAGACAUUGGAGGACUAAAAGAUUUGAAGAAAAAGCUCCGGCAAGCUGUUGAGUGGCCUAUUAAACAUUCUGCUGCAUUUUCAAGGCUGGGAGUAUCUCCUGUACGAGGAAUUCUUCUCCAUGGGCCUCCAGGAUGCUCAAAAACGACCCUUGCUAAAGCUGCAGCUCAUGCCGCCCAAGCUUCUUUUUUUUCCCUGAGUGGUGCAGAAUUGUAUUCGAUGUAUGUUGGAGAGGGAGAAGCUUUGUUGCGGAACACAUUUCAGAGAGCUCGCCUUGCAGCACCAAGCAUAAUAUUCUUUGAUGAGGCUGACGUUGUUGCUGCUAAACGAGGUGGAAGUUCAAGCAGCAACAUUACAGUUGGAGAGAGGCUUCUAUCUACUUUACUAACUGAAAUGGAUGGUUUAGAAGAAGCUAAAGGAAUUCUUGUUUUGGCUGCUACAAAUCGUCCUCAUGCAAUUGAUGCUGCACUUAUGCGCCCUGGACGCUUUGAUCUGGUACUAUAUGUACCACUACCCGAUCUAGAAGGUCGUUAUGAGAUACUUCGUGUACAUACACGUAAUAUGAAAAUAGGACCGGAUGUUGAUCUCAGAAGAAUAGCAGAAGAUACCGAACUUUUCACAGGAGCUGAACUGGAGGGUCUGUGUAGGGAAGCUGGAAUUGUUGCUUUGAGGGAAGACAUUACUGCUACUGUUGUGUGUGAUCGGCAUUUCCAGAUUGUUAAGGAUUCUUUGAAACCCGCAUUAACAAGGGCAGAAAUUGAUUCCUAUGCAUCGUUUAUGAAAAACCCUUCUGUGAAACGCUCUGGCGAGUUUGUAUCUAGUGUCAAGAAUGAUAGCAAGCACAAAAAAGAAACAUUGGGUCCAUUAUUUACUCUAAAAGUCGGUGUUGUAAGCUUUAUCUUACUUGCUGCUGCUGCUGCUGCUAAAUAUUUUCUCACUAGUACUGAUCAAACCCUACUUGAACUAGCUACUACCUGAAGAAUUUGCUGGAGAUGUAUGCUAUUUUUUUUGUUAUAAUUAGCCUUUUCCCCUCCCUAAUUCCAUAGUUUAAUGUCACUACAAAUUUAUAAAUUUAAAUGUUAUAUCUCCAAAGAUUUUUGAGA